GCCCGAAACCACCGGUAGUCUGCCGGGCCCUAGUUAUCCGUACGAGGGGUAUCAAUACGGUACACAAGCGCCCGAAACCACCGGUAGUCUACCGGGCCCUGGUUAUCCGUACGAGGGGUAUCAAUACGGUACACAGGCGCCCGAAACCAUCAGUAGUCUGCCGGGCCCUGGUUAUCCGUACGAGGGGUAUCAAUACGGUACACAAGCGCGGCACUGCACUGUCAUACCGCCCGGGUCUGGUGCAGGAUAUCCCCCGUACCCGCCACCUCAGCUAGGCCAACAAGUCCGCCCGGUGCCACCGGAGGUCAGUCCUGGUGCAGAAAUAAUAAUAGCACUGAUGGGAGUUACAGGUAAAGUCCAAAGUGUACUCAAAACCGAUACGUAUUGCUGACACAAGCCAUAGGCGCUGGUAAAAGCUAUUUCAUUAGAGAGGUCUCUGGUAACUCUCAGAUCGAAGUGAGCAGUGAUCUCUACUCUUGUAAGAUAGCCUCCUUCUGGAGAGGUUGGGCUCGAGCGCUGACAGGGGGAAGGCACCCGCAAGGUCCAAUCCUACUCUUUUGAGUAUAAGGGGGCAAAAAUCACGCUAGUAGACACUCCGGGGUUCAAUGAUACGGAUAGAAGCGAUACCGAGGUCCUACAAGAGUUUGCUGAUUGGGCUACCUAUACCUAUAAGCAGGGGCGACUCCUCUCCGGUAUCAUCUAUCUUCAUCCCAUCACCCAUACCCGCAUGGAGGGUUCUGCCCUAAGGAAUCUUAGGAUGUUCUGGAGCUUGUGUGGUCAGGAAUUCCUGAGCAACGUUCUUCUCACAACAACGCAGUGGUCUAACGUUGAUCUGGGAGAAGGGAGGCUUCGUGAGAAUAGUCUCCGGAAUUGGGAUUUCUGGGGAGGGCUUAUUGAUAAGGGUGCCACUCUCCAGAGAUUCGAUGGUACUAGAGAAUCAGGAUUGGAGCUUAUCCGCAGAUUGAUGCCAAAAGAGCCAAAGCCUCUCGAUAUCCAGAGUCAGAUUGUCGAGCAAAAUAGGACCCUUCUUGAGACCGACGCAGGACAAUGCAUUAACGAGGAAUUGAUUGCCCAAGAGAAGAGACAUAAGGAGGAAAUAGAAUCCCUGGAGAGAGAACGGCGGGGGGCUAUCAAUGAAAGUGAUAAUGAGAUCAGGGAGAUCCUUGCGACGGAGCAGGCAAGAUUUCGCAAGAAUCUCGAAAAAGUCUCUGCCGAAAAGAAAUUGUUAGCAGAGUUGCAUGAAGCGGGGGGAGAAAGGCGCAAGGGGAGAGAAAUGGGGGAGCAGUUGUUGCUUGGUAGUUGAAAAUACCUAACGGUCAACUCUUGACAGGUGUGUGCAGAGGAGCGAGACAGGGGCAGGUGUGUGGCGCCUCAAAUAUCAUGAGCGAGAAAAAUAGGGGAUUGCGACUAACAUUUGGCAUAGCCUCCCUUUGCUUCUAGGACAGCGUCCACGCCAUUGGGCAUUAGUCCUAGCACACCAAGGCCUUCCCGGAAGAGAGGAGAGAUGAACGAUGAUCAAAAAAACGGCAGAGGAACUCGAUACUCAUUCCUUUCUCUGUAUUUGUUAUUUCUCACUGGGUGAUCUUGGGAUUAUCCUUUCUCCGUGCGGGUAACUAGGCCCCCCGGAUGUAUUAAACAUGGCGAUAGAGAGGAUUUUUUAUGGGGCUGGGUUAUUGUGUCCAGGCACUUGUACUUGUACUGUAAUUAUAAUUAUAUAAGAAAAAGAAAGUAUGGUAAACUUAGAACUCACACUCCUCUUUUUGGUGAGACAUGUAUCACGUGUGCUUGUGUGAGGAAGCUGAAUGACCCUACUUGAACUCUAUAAAGACUAGAGAUGACGAAAUGAGGGAGAUCCUUACAGGAGAGAGAAGAAGCUCAAAAAGGCUCCGGGUGAGAAGAAAUUGUUGGUAGGGUUGCAUGCAGUAGAGCUAGAAAGGCGCAAAGCUAGGGAGAAGAGAAGGCGGAAGGGGGAGAAGGGCGAUAGGACAGUGAUUUCUGACGCUACCAGGGGCAUCGCGAUCACGACUCAUGUCACGGGCGUGUCCACUGACUGUAACACUAGGGGCCGCUUGAUCCCAGACAUCGGUAGCCAAGGGGAAUCCAGGUCCAACACCUCCAGGGUAACAAUCCAUUACAAACUUAACUCC